GUUUUAAGUGGAGUUUAUUUCCAAUAACACUAAGCUGUUGUUGUGAUUUUAAAACUUUCUAAAAGUGUCUUUUCUAUUCGUCUUCCUCCAGACUGUGCUCUGCCCUUUGCCUGUGAACGCAGCAGUUUGUCGGGUGUUAUAAUACUGGUGUCGGGGAUAGCUGGUUGUUGACCUAGUUAGCUGAACCAGGCUAGGUUUGCUAAUUACUGUAGCUCCUUUUCAGAACGUAGCCUCGCGUUGCUCCCGGUUUAUCCGUCUUUAAUGGACUUGUUCAAGGUUUGUGUUCAGAUAAGAGAUUCCCAAGAGUUUAUCCCAGCAGUUGAGGUCGGUUUGAGGCCGAUAUUGGGGUAUUUUCCACUAGUUUUCCCCCGCAGAAGCUGGAGGAGGUUCGGCUGAGGCUGAGCUCAAAUCCUCCCGCUUUUGAGCUUCUGAAAUUGGCGCGUCUUUGAGUUUCAAUCCUGAAAUAAAGUCCAUAUUACCGCGUUUUCCCGCAUUAAAACUGCACUAAACCCGCAUGGAGAUGUUUGCCUUACCACUGAAGGAGCCAUAAAUAUACUGAACACAAUGUCCAGACGCAGCGGUCGCAUCACUUUGCAAGUCAGAGACUCAAACGCACUCGAGCCGACGGUCAAAGCCCCCCUGAAGAAAAGGAAAUCAGAGCCCUCAAAGAAAAAACUACAACCUGCUGCCAAAAAACAGAGCUAUGAAAUCCAGAAGUGUUGGUCUGAGGACGGAGCGAGCCCCUGCCUCCUCAUCGAGACGCCGCACAAAGAGCUGGAGCCCGCAGACCCGUCCAGCUUCAAGCAGUAUCGCUUCAAGAACCUCUUCAUCAAGGCCUCCCCCAUCCCCCGCCUCAGCUGGGCCAGCUCUGACGACGUUUGGAUCAAAAUGCUCAACAAGGAGCUGAAGUACGUCCACGACAAAAGCUACCUGCAGAGACACCCCAAGCUGCAGCCCAAGAUGAGAGCCAUCCUGCUGGACUGGCUGCUGGAGGUGUGUGAGGUGUACUCGCUCCACCGGCAGACGGCCUACCUGGCUCAGGAUUUCUUCGACCGCUUCAUGCUGACUCAGGAGAAUGUGAACAAAGAUUACCUGCAGCUCAUCGGCAUCACCGCGCUCUUCAUCGCCUCCAAGAUCGAGGAAAUCUACCCUCCUAAAAUCUUGGACUUCGCCUACGUCACGGACGGAGCGUGUGAUUUCUGGGACAUCCAGCGCACUGAGCUGCACAUACUGAAGGCGUUGAACUGGAACCUGUGUCCGGAGACGCCGAUCUCCUGGCUGAAGCUGUACGCUCAGGUGGAGGCGCAGACGGACGGCGAGAACUUCCUGGUGCCGCAGUUCUCUCAGGAAAUGUACAUCCAGAUCACACAGCUGUUGGACCUCUGCAUGCUGGACAUCAACUCUCUGGACUACAGCUACAGCGUUCUCGCCGCUGCCGCCUUCUGCCACUUCUCCUCGUUCGACGUUGUUCAUAAAGUCUCAGGCCUGACGUGGGACGCCGUGGCUCCGUGUGUGCGGUGGAUGAGUCACUUCAUGGACACGCUGCGGACUCAAGCCAAACCUCAACUGAAGAACUUCCCCAAAGUGAAGCCCGACGCCCGGCACAACAUCCAGACACACGUCGCCUACCUCGACCUGCUGAGGAAAUCCCUGGACCGACUCGACAGCCUGGACUGUCAGCUGUCGCCCGUUGCUUUGGGAAUGGCGUUGACUCCGCCCAGCAGCACAGAGAAGCCGGCCAAUCACUGAGCAGCGCAGAGACCGUGGCCAAUCAGUGCCACCCCCCCACUCCGUACAGUAUUUGACAGGAUUUUAAAGAGACUUCAUGUAGCACGUUCUCAUUAUUUUAAACACUAACUCUGGAGCUGAUUCCUGUCUGCUUUUUACAUCUGUUUAUUUUAACGGGAAUUACGGGGCGCCUUUUAAUUUACAGGUUAAUUCAUUUGAAUGUUUGCCUUCACUUGCCUCCCCCCCAGUGGAAAGGUAUUUAUCUGGGAGUUUUCCUGGUGCUAUUCCUAAAGGGGCUUCAGUCGGAGUCUGCUCUGAACUACAGAGAUUAAAGUAUUUAAUGCCCACGCCCCCCUGUCAGAGUGUGUAGACUUCAUUGUGAGCCAUACGAACAACCAGACACUUUAUCUGCUGUUUGACACCUGAAACAUGUGAGGCUCAAUAACCCCCCCCCCUCUAUUCUCUUACAAUCUUUAUGAAACCUGGUUGCACAUUCUUGUUACAAUCCUGGGAAACUUGACUCGAUGAGAGAACCGUUUUUACUUUUGUAAGUGCUUGUAUUUAUUGAUGAGCCUUAGUGUGUAAAACAAGAUGUCUGUGAAUAUGUAAAAUAAUUCAAACCUCCUUCAGCGACGACGGACUCGCGUUUCCGCCUGAAGGCUAAAUGUAUUUAUGGUUUCUCAGUGCCUUUUUUUAAAUGAACCUGUGACCCUGGAGCCGUCGACCAACCAUGAGCCUGUGUAGAUGAGCGAGUGAAUGGUUUUGUAAAUAGUGCAAUUCAGAAACGUGUGGUUUUCUUUUGUAUGGGACUGAUGAAAUAAAUGAGAUGACAUGA